AUGAACUUUUAUCCAGCACCUCCCGUGAUUAAAGCAGAGAUUUACCUGCGCAUCCCAGACGACAAGCGCUGCCUGGGCCAAGAGUCAGAAUGGCGCGGGGGCUUUGCGGGGUCAUUCCAGCACAUUUUCCUCGAGGGACCAGUUGUCGAUAGCGCUGGGAAUCUCUAUGUCGUGGACAUUCCGUACGGUCGCAUUCUCAAGAUUGAUAGCGAGAAGAAUGUUACGGUUGCGUGCACUUGGGAUGGCGAGCCGAAUGGGCUGGUUGGGACUGCUGAUGGGGAUUUGUUGGUGGCGGAUUACAAGCAGGGUAUACUGUCAUUUGAUCCAGAAACAGGAAAGAUUGGUCCAAAGUUGACGAGGAAGAACCUCGAGCGAUUCAAGGGACCAAAUGACUUGAUUGUUGACGCCAAAGGCAAUCUUUACUUCACAGACCAAGGGCAAACCGGCAUGACAGACCCAACAGGUCGUGUGUAUCGCUUAUCACCAGACGGAAGACUCGACACACUCCUUGACAACGGCCCUUCACCCAACGGUCUCGUCCUCUCACGCGACGAGCGCUUCCUCUACGUCGCCAUGACACGGGCAAACCAAGUCUGGCGCCUACCCCUACACGCAGACGGCACAACCUCCAAAGUCGGCGUGUUCUUCCAGUCUUUCGGCAACGCGGGUCCUGAUGGCCUUGCACUUGACGAGGAGGGCAAUUUGUUCAUUUGUCAUCCAAGUCUUGGUUCGAUCUUUGUGGUGGAUACACAUGGAAUACCCAAGGCUCGGAUUCUUGGAGGGGAAUAUUCAGAAGGUGGAGUGGCAUUGUCGGGGAGCGGUGCCUGCGCCGUUGCUGAAACAAAGUAG